UUCAAAUUUUAAACUAAAUGUAUCGGAAACUUUUGUGGAAAAUGAAAAUGUCUACUUUCUGUAAUAUAUUCGCCCUCAAAACAUUUCGACCCAGUGAAUGAAACAUCAUAUGAUACAGGCAGAUCUCUUCCAAAUCAAAUAUAAACAUGAGUACUGACUGGCAAGGACGCUGGUGUCAUGUUCAGAAAUUUCUGGAAAGAACAGGACCAUUUGCUCAUCCUGAUUUUGAACCAAGUAGUGAAACACUUGGUUUUUUACAAGAGUCAUGCAAGUUACUUAUCAUAGGUGCUGGAGGUCUUGGGUGUGAACUUCUCAAAGAUCUUGCUUUGCUUGGCUUCAAGAAUAUAGAUAUCAUUGACAUGGACACUAUUGAUGUGUCCAAUCUGAACAGACAGUUCUUGUUUAGAGCUAAAGAUGUUGGCAGACCAAAAGCUGAAGUUGCUGCAGAUUUUAUCAACACAAGGAUCCCGGGAGCUAACAUUACACCACAUUAUGCUAAAAUACAAGACUAUGACGAGUCUUUCUACAGCGGUUUUCACAUAGUGGUGUGUGGUUUGGAUUCUAUAGUUGCAAGAAGAUGGAUAAAUGGAAUGUUGGUGAGCUUGUUACAGUAUGAGGAUGGUGUAUUAAAGCAGGAGACGAUAAUACCAAUGGUGGAUGGUGGUACAGAGGGGUUUAAAGGCAAUGCUCGAGUUAUACUGCCAGGAAUGACGGCCUGUGUAGAAUGUACACUUGAUUUAUACCCUCCUCAGGUAAAUUUCCCUCUGUGUACAAUAGCUCACACUCCCAGAUUACCAGAACACUGUAUAGAAUAUGUGAGAAUAUUGCUGUGGCCAAAGGAAGAACCAUUUGGAGAUGGUGUAGCUAUAGAUGGAGAUGAUCCGAAACAUGUAAAAUGGAUUAUGGAGAAAUCUGUGGAGAGGGCAAACGAGUUUAACAUCACUGGUAUCACUUACAGACUAACACAGGGUGUAGUAAAGAGAAUCAUCCCAGCUGUGGCGUCAACUAAUGCUGUAAUAGCAGCUGCCUGUGCCACAGAAGUCUUUAAAAUAGCAACAAGUUGCUGUAUGCCACUAAACAACUACAUGAAUUUCAAUGACACAGAAGGAAUAUAUACAUAUACAUUUGAGGCUGAAAGAAAGGAUGAUUGUAUGGCGUGCAGUAAGAUACCGAAGUCACUCACAUUCUCCGAGUCUGACAAACUACAAGACAUUAUUAACUUCCUGCAAGAAAGUGCAGAAUAUCAGAUGAAGUCCCCUGGUUUAACAGCGAAUGUUCAUGGAAAGAAUAAAACAUUAUACAUGCCAACAGUUAAAUCUAUUGAAGAGAAAACACGAGAAAAUCUGAAGAAAACUUUAGGAGAUCUGGGUAUAGUGAAUGGACAGGAGCUGUAUGUGGCAGACCCUACCACACCUAUGACUGUGACAUUUAAACUUAGUCUCGGCUCAAACAUGGAAUGAACAUCUACUUAUUAUCCUCGCGAUCUUGUAGCACCAGUAAUAACUUACCUCACAACUGAAAGGAGAAGAAAUCUUUAACUUUUAGAAGAGUGUGCACAGCAAUGGACAGAUUUAGUUUGCAUGUAUGUUAGAGUCAAUUGAAUAUUUUAUGAUGAAAUAGUUUUAUACUACUACACAAGCAAGUUACAUAUUAGGUACUUCAUGAUUGUCUACUACCAGAAUAACAACAGAAAAGAAACAUUUUUCAUCUACAAGGUCACAUACAGGUUAUUGAGACAGUCAUAAAAUAAUACACUUUUCCCCAAUGAAAAUUGUUAAAUGUAUCGUAGUGCAAAAUUUCUGCAAUUUUGUUUGAUCACUUUUUAUUUCAAAAAGGAUUACACAGCGCCUUAAAGUGACAUACCUCGGGAUGGACUUCUAUUCAAUUUUUUGAAAACAGAUUCACAAUUGAUAUUAGAUUUAAAAUGAUAAACCAGUUUUGUUUUGUAGAUAUAGUUAAUGUGUACCAUAUAAAAUAAAGCAAAGUUCUUUCAACUUUGCAUCUACAUGUAGUUUCAAUAGCAUGACUAGUGCUUUUGAUAGUUUCUGCACCUGUUAUUGAUAAAAAAGUGUGUUUGUACUAAAAAGCACAGAAUCACUUCAUAAAUAAUUUUCUUUUUAUUACUAUUACUACUACUACUAAUGAAAGCAUUUCCUAAAUUUUGAAAACUUGGCAUAAAUCUAGAGGCAUGCAAGCUUUAAAGAUUUAUGGAGGCUUAUUAAAUUCUGUUUCAAAGUAAAAUGAAAUAGUAGGGUCAGCAGUUUAAACUGUAUUUGUGCACAAGAAACUGAAAAUACUUUUCUUUUCAACUUCUUACAUGUUGUAUGCAUUUUAUUUUGUUAAAUAAUUUCAAGGAAAAUAUUUAGGCUAGUAGCUCGUCCUCCUAGUGCUCCAAAGAUCUCCAGUUUGAACAACAUACAGAAGAAAUGCUUAGAAAUCCAGAAACACUGCCUUUUUUUAGGUUUAUACGCACUGAACUAAUUUUUAACUGAACAGAACAUUACAUCCUACCCUCUGUACUAAUAAAUUAAUUUUGGAACUAUAUUAGGUUACUAAAUUUAAAUCUGUCCUAAGCAAGCAGAGUAUCCUGUCCAUUGUUUAUAAUAAUAAAACUUGAAUUGUAAUAUUGUAUGCAGUACAAGGUAAUACAAGUUAUAAAUUUACUGUUUUCAACCUAAGUUUAUUUCAGAUGUAAGCCUAACAUUGUUAAGCAUGUUUGAAAAAGUCCUAGUUAAUGUCAGUUUUCAGAAUAUCCUAGCUUUGAACAUACUAUAAUGUUACCAGUAAUUGAUGUGACAGGAAAUAUUACAGUUUGAAAAUAAUCAAAAUUGUUUAGCUGCAUGAUUGAACAUAUCACAAAGAAAGAAAUAUGUUAACCAUUGUUUUAAUAUGUUAACUGUCAUUGUUUAAAGGCUCAUAAUGCCUUUGUCUAUUAUGUGGCUACCACAUUUUUGUGCACCCCCCCCCCCCCCCCCCC